UUUGCAAUGUGAAAAACAUUUUGACAUUGACAGCUUGAAUAGGUUAUACCUUUGUUUUGCCUGACGAUUUUCAUUAUUUCGGGCUGAUUUCAUCAUAAAUUAAUAUCCUGAACAACCAAUGAAUUUUCUCGCAAAGCAAACUAAUUUCCGUCGAUUCGGACGGCUCAUUCGUUGCUGUUCUGAACCUCAGGUUGCCUUUUUCAAAAGCUCAGCGAAAGAGACGACCGGCAAAGGAUCAGAUGAUGGAGAAAACAAUCAACCGAUAAAGUACUUUGGGAGUGGAGCAGCUACUUGGACUGCCGGACAAAGUCACCUAAAUCCACAAUAUAACACCGGAGUGUGGUACCAACCAUACGUUAUAUCUUUGAGCUUAGCGGUAUUUCUGAUUUACUUCUGCAUAUUACGCGAGGAGAAUGAUGUCGAUGAAAAAUUGUCCAUGUCACUGUACGAUCGAAUUGAAGGUUUGGAGGAACAACAAAUUUUGGCAUCAAUACAGUAUAACAGGGGACACGGACUGUCAACGGUUGAGUUGGAAAAGCGGUUGGAAGAGUUAAAGCUGGAGAAACAGUAAAUCAAAUUGUGUAACAUGUUUCAUAUAGAGUUUAGUGACCAUUAAAUGAACUGAAGUUGACA